AAAGUUUAGCAACAAAAACGAGAGUUUCUAUUGGACGUAUUCUGAUAGAUCCCUCCCCGUUUGCUUUUGUUUAAGAAACGUUUUGCAACAGAAUUGGCGCAAUGAAUAUGCUCCAGUACAGUAAGUUUAGAAACUUUGUGAUGCCCCUGUGAAAACAGAUUUGUUUGCCGCUGUUGUUCUGUUCUGUCACCUUGAGCCAACUCUCACAAGCGGCCACCACAAAAGUUUUCGAUCGAGCGGGACAGAUUGAAGGAAACAGGCCUAUCUCUAGGUGGCUAUGGGUUCUAUGUUCCGCAGUGAGGAGGUGUGCCUGGUGCAGAUCUUCCUCCAGUCUGGUUCGGCCUACAACUGUGUCAGUGAACUGGGAGAACUGGGCCUGGUCGAGUUCAGAGAUUUGAACCCCAACGUCAACUCCUUCCAGAGGAAGUUUGUGGGGGAGGUGAGACGAUGUGAGGAACUGGAGAAAACCUUCUCGUUCCUGGAGCAGGAGAUCAAUCGGUCUCUGUGGCCCCCCCUCAAUGGCCCCCUCCCUCCCCCCUGCCCGACCCCCUCGGCCCCCCAGCCCAGAGAGCUGAUCACCAUCGAGGAGGAGAGUGAGAGGCUGGCCAGGGAGCUCAAAGAGGUGUCCAGGAACAGAGACAGUCUCAGAGCCCAGAUGACCGAGCUCAGCCAAUACAAAGGGGUUCUCACGAAGACCCACUCCCUCACCGCCUCACAGGGUCCGCCUCCUCCACUGGAAACAGUAGGCAUUUUGGAGCCUAACCGACAGGAUGUCCACCUCAGUUUUGUGGCCGGUGUGGUCCACCCCUGGAAAGUCCCUUCGUUCGAGCGGUUGCUAUGGCGAGCGUGCCGUGGUUACAUCAUCGUGGACUUCAGAGAGAUGGAGGAGCAACUAGAGCAUCCUGACACGGGGGAGAUGCAGUGGACAGUCUUCCUCAUAUCCUACUGGGGAGAUCAGAUCGGACAGAAGGUCAAGAAGAUCUGUGAUUGCUUCCACACACAUACGUUUGCGUACCCCGACAGCCCCACGGAGAGAGAGGAGAUUCUCCAGGGACUGCAGGGCAGAAUUGAAGACAUCAAAUCUGUCCUCUCCCAGACAGAGCACUACCUCCAGCAGCUGUUGGUGCGUGCUGUAGCAGUGCUGCCCCAGUGGAAGGUGCGGGUCCAGAAGUGUAAGGCUGUCCAGGCCGUGAUGAACCUCUGCAGCCCCUCCGUCACCGACAAGUGUCUGAUCGCUGAGGCCUGGUGUCCCGUCAGCAAGCUGCCUGAACUACAGAGUGCCCUGAGAGAGGGAGGGAGGAAGAGUGGCAGCGGGGUGGACUCGUUCUACAACCGCCUCCCCUGCUCCACCCCUCCUCCUACCCUGUUCCCUACCAACUCCUUCACGGCCGGCUUCCAGAGCAUCGUAGAGGCCUAUGGAGUGGCCAGUUACCGCGAGGUCAACCCAGCCGUGUACACCAUCAUCACGUUCCCCUUCCUGUUUGCGGUGAUGUUUGGGGACGUGGGUCACGGCCUGCUGAUGUUCCUGGCUGCCCUCUGGAUGGUCCUGGAGGAGAAGGACCCCAAACUCAGGAACAACACCAAUGAGAUAUGGAGGAUGAUGUUUGGAGGGCGCUAUCUGAUCCUGUUGAUGGGACUGUUCUCUAUCUACACUGGGGCCAUCUACAAUGAGUGUUUCAGCAGAGGACUCAGCCCCUUCAGCUCCGGCUGGCACGUACGAGCCAUGUUCGAGGAAGGAGUGUGGAAAUCAACAACUCUUAAAGAGAACAACUUCCUGUCCCUGGACCCUAACAUCACUGGUGUUUUUACCGGACCCUAUCCUUUUGGCAUCGACCCGAUCUGGGGUCUGUCCAACAACCACCUGACAUUCCUCAACUCCUACAAGAUGAAGAUGUCCGUCAUCAUCGGGGUCAUCCACAUGACCUUCGGAGUCUGUCUGUCCUUCUUCAACUACAAACACUUUAACCAGUUGAGCAGUGUAUUCCUGGUACUGAUCCCAGAGCUGUUCUUCAUGCUGUUUCUGUUUGGUUACCUGGUCUUCAUGGUCAUCUUCAAGUGGCUGGCCUUUGACACGGCCCACUCUAACUCCGCCCCCAGCAUCCUCAUCCACUUCAUAGACAUGUUCCUAUUCACCGAGAACAAGGAAAACCCGCCCCUCUACAAAGGACAGGUGGUGGUGCAGGAGGUCCUGGUGGUGCUGGCGCUGUGUUCAGUUCCAGUCCUACUGCUGGGGAAACCCAUCCAUCAAUACAUCACAUACAAGAUGAACCACCGGCACAUGGCAAGCGAGAGACGCCCCCUAUUAGCUGAGAACAAUUCCAUCAACGCUCAUCAGGGAGAGGUGGAGACAGGAAGUCACAGAGGGGAGGUGGAGUUUGAUGCUGCUGAUGUCUUCAUGCACCAGGCCAUCCACACCAUAGAGUACUGUCUAGGCUGCAUCUCCAACACAGCCUCUUACUUACGACUGUGGGCCCUCAGCCUCGCACACGCACAGCUGUCAGAGGUGCUCUGGGUGAUGGUGAUGCGUAUCGCCCUAACCGGGCAAGGCUACGUGGGAUCUGUGGUCCUGUUUGUAGUCUUUUCCUUCUUCGCCGUGCUGACAGUCGCCAUCCUCCUGGUCAUGGAGGGCCUGUCUGCCUUCCUGCAUGCCCUGCGUCUGCACUGGGUGGAGUUCCAGAAUAAGUUCUACAGUGGAACAGGCUACAAGCUGAACCCUUUCUCCUUCUCAUCCCUGAUCCACACCUCGUCCGCUAUGUGAUCAUUUAAACGAUCAAUGAAUUAUGAUUGCCAAAUGAUUAUGUUAAUUAAUCAAUCAGUCGCUUGCUCUACACCUAUCGCUCCCCUACACAUUUGAGAAUGAUUGCUCUCUUUUUUGAAAGCUUGGUGUUUUGUAAAACUUGUUCAAUGUCCAAGAAUGCAUUGAGGCCUUUGCACUGGGAGAUUGAUGGUUUAUGUGCCUGUUUCAGCAUGCAUGUUGUGUGAUCGAAAUCAGAAUAUCUAUGUUGUUCCUUCUAUGGACUGACCAUGUGUUACUUCCAACUUCCAGUAAUGUACGUUUAGAUAAUACAUUUUUGGUAUAAUUAACAUUCUCUUAGUUUAUCAUUCUAAGCAUGAUUUGAAAAUGGUUGCAAUAUCUUCAUAGUGUUGUGUGGUUGAAUAACUCAGGAAAUGGUUGCUAUUGACUUUCACACAUGAUAGUGAUCUCAAAGUCGGUAAAGGAAAGGGACACACCAGUUGUCUGAACACAUCUGGUCUGAAAGAGAGCCAAUGUAGACAUGAUAGCUGUGCUGCUUUUGCUAUUGGUAAUGUGAGCGACCUUUUAUGGUACUCAACACCUCCAGUUUCUUAUGUCAUAUUUGGACACGGUUAAUGAUUAUGGAAAGGGUAACUUGUCAGCUCACGUAUGUCAUUCACAUUCUGUCUGAUAUGAGCAGAGAACCAUCUGAAUGAAGAUCAAUGUUUUGCCAAAUAUAUAAACUUCAGGAAAUGAUUUGUGUGCCUUUUGAGCCCAUCUAGUUUUCAUGUUUGGAAUCUGAGACCUUAUAGCUGUUCAUUAAAGUCACUGAGACUGAUCAUAGAACACAUUCAAGCCUUAUAGAACACUGUUAGUCUGCCACAUUCUUUGUAUCCUGGUUCACUUCAUGCUGUCUGUUUGUUUUUACUAUCAGUGUGAUAAACUCUAUGGCUGAAAUUAAAUGAAAGACAGUUUUUUUCUGACA